AUGUGCAAGGAUAAAAAGAAAAAGAUAUUAAAAGCUAUAAAGGUGCUAGAAAAAAAAGAUGAAAAAGAAGAAGAGAAAUUAAUAGAAUUAAUAAACGAGGUGGACCAGAUUUUUUUGCAUUGUUUAAAAAAUGAUGAAGAUAUAUAUAAUAAAAAAAUAAUAAAUACAUAUAUUAUUCCUUAUAUGAAUUUAUUAUUAGAAAGAUUAUUAUUUUAUUAUAAAGAUGAUGGUAUGAAUAAUAAUAUGGAAGAUAUAUCAAAUAAAGUAAAGAUAUUAUCACAUGUAUUAAUAUUUUUAUCUUCUAUUAUAAAAAUAAAUAAGAAAUAUUCAUAUAUUAUUAUUUGUUAUUAUGUGAAUUUAUUAGAAUCUAAAUAUCAUUUAAUAAAAAUUGUAGAAAAUAUAAAAAAUAUAAUUCUUCAUUUAUUGAGAGGUUUAUUAUUUUCUUUUGAUAUAAUUUAUAAUGAAUUAGAAAAUAUAAAAAGAGGUAUACAAAAUUAUGUAUUAUUAAAAUGUAAAUUAUUUAAUAUGAUUAUUAAUUUUCAUUUUAAUCCUUUCUUAUAUAAUCAUCCUUAUAAAUAUAUCUUAAUCAAAAAUUUAUUCUUAAUAAUUACAAAAGAAAUUAUCUUUUAUUUCCAUAUUUUAAAAAAUAAAAAAAAUAUAUUUAAACAGAUAUUAAUACAAGCAAAACCUACACAUCAUUUAAUAAAUAAUAUAUUAAACAUUAAAUAUUUGGAUUAUCUAAUACAAAAAGAUAAUAUUAAAAAUAAUUAUGAUCAUUUUAUUCUUAUAUGGCUGGAGCAAAACAUUAGACUCUUUAAUGAUCUUAUACUUUUUUAUAUUAGAAACGACAACACAUCUGAUACUUCAAUUUGUCAAUCAAAGGAUAAAAAUAAUGACAAUAUAAAUAAAAGUAAUACUAAUAACAAUUUUGAAUACCAAUCUGAAUUAGAUGAAGAAGAGAAGAUCACAAAAGAAUACGUGGAAGAUACAUAUAAAAUAGAUAUUUAUAAUAAAUUAAUAUAUUAUAUAAAUGAUAAUAAUUAUCAAUACAAUAUUAUGUAUGAUAACAUAAAUAAUAAUAACAAAAGAGAUACUAUUAAUUAUACAUUUUAUUAUAAUAAUAAUAAUAAUAAUAAUACAUAUUUAGAAAAUGAAACUAAUCAUAUAUAUGAAAAAUAUAUGGAUUAUGAAGAUAAUUUUUAUUCAUCCAAAUAUUUAUUAAAUGAUAAUAAAAGUUAUAAUAAUAAAAAUAUAUAUUCUAUCCAUAUGUAUCAUCUAAUUAGCAACAUUGAUCAUAUAAAAAUAGAUAGUUUAAUUUUUUUAACUCACCUAAUAAAAAAUAUAUUUUCAUUAAUAAGACAAGAACCAUUUAUCUUAAAUUUUUUUGUAGAAAAUAUUUUUAUUAUGAUAAAAAAAUUAUUAAACCUUUUUGAUGUAUAUAAAAAAAGUGAUGAUAUAUUAAUAAAAGAGAAAGAAAAUCAAAAUGCACCUAUUAAAAAUGUUGGUGAUAACACCACCAACAAUAAUAAUAAUAAUAAUAAAAAUAAUAAUAUGUAUAAGAACAAAAGGAUAUACAAAAUUAAAGUUGUUGAAUGCCUUUUAGAAUAUAUAAAAAACGAACUGUAUAUAUUAAUAUGUAAAAAAAAUGUAAACGCACCCUUUUAUUAUUCAUAUAUUAAUAAACUAUUAAAUAUUAUAGGAGAAAAAGGAACAACAGAAGAACUAAUAAAAAAAAAAUUUAAUACAAUAAAUAAUAUUUAUAAUAUAGAUAUUAUGAAAGAAGAUAAAAAGAUACAUAUUGUAGAUAAUAAUUAUCAGAAAUUUAAAAGAAAUAUUUUAAGAAAAGAUAAUUAUGGAUAUAAAAAAAUAACAAAAGAACAUAUUGAUAUAAUGUGUUAUUUGAAAGUAAAAAUGAAUGAAACUGAUAGUAAUAUGAAACAUAAAAAAGAAGAAAAAGAAAAUAUGUUCAUAAAUCAGAUUAUUAAAAAAUUAUAUCUUACUAAUUUUAAAUUAGAUAAGAAAUAUUAUCAAAGAUUUAAUUGUUCAAAGGAUGUUAAUAUAGAAGAUUUAAUUGAAAAUGAAAAGAAAAAUAAUAAAAUAGGUAAGGAAAAAUAUUAUCAUGAUAAAAAUGUACUAUGUGAUGAUAAAAAUGUACUAUGUGAUGAUAAAAUAACACGUGUUAGUCAAUCAACAAAUAAUAAUAUCAAUAACAAAGAUGAUGAUGAUGAUGAUGAUGAUGACGAUGAUGAUGAUGACGAUGAUGAUGACGCAGGUAAUAAUUUAAUUCAAAAAUUUAUGAGCAAAUUUAUAACAUCAAAUAAAUGUCAAAAGGAUGAGGAAAAAGAUAAAGAAAAAGAUAAAGAAAAAGAAAAAAAAAAUACUGACCAGGACAAUAACAAAAUAGAUAUUAUAGAUGAUUAUAUUUAUAAUUAUCAUUAUAAUGAUGAUAAUAUUAUUAUUGCAAAGAAUUAUGAUUCACAAAAUGAAGAAUUAUUAAAUGUAAAAGAUAUAAAAUAUACUGAUUUAUAUAGAAAAUUUUUUUUUAGUGAUAUAAAAUAUUAUGAAAAUAUAAAAGAUAAAGAAGAUAUCUUAACGAAUAUAGAUUUAUAUUAUUUUAUCAUCUUCUCUCAAAUAAUAAAUAAUAAUUUAGAAAAUCAAGUGAAAGUAUUAGGUGAAAAUAUUUUCUUAAAUAAAAUAAAUAAUAUAAAAAUUAUAAACAAUAUUGUAAAAAGAAUUAUAUUUAAUCAUAUGUUAAAAGAGCAACUGAAAUUAUUUUUCUUAUGUUUAUAUAUAAUAAAAAUUAAUUCAUUUAAUAUAUAUCAAGAAAAUAUACCCAGCGAUAUAUUUAUGAACUAUUCAACACUUUUUAAGUUAUAUAACAAUUUGUUGUUUUAUUUGUAUAUACAAGAGGAAAAAAAAAAAAAAAAAAAAAAUAUAUAUAUAUUAAAAUUAAACCAUGAAGAAGAUGUAAAUGUAAAAGUAAAUCAAAAUAUAGAUGUAUAUCAAAAUAAUUCUUGUGUUUAUAAUUUUACUCUGGAUGAUACUUACCAUAUAAUGGAGAACGAAAAUAUUAUUGACAAUUCCAACAUUUUAGGAUAUACAAAAGUGUGCUAUAAUUAUUUUUUUAAGUUAAAAAAAAAAUUAGAUAAUUCAAACACAUCAUGUGUAUAUCGGAGCGAAUUACAAAAUAAAUCGUUCAAAAUAAAAUGCACUUAUGACGAGACAUUAAAUCUUAUACUUUAUAUCCUACAUAAUGAAAAUCUUUUAUUAAAACAUAGAGAUCAAUAUAUAAAAACAUUUAUAGAGCAAAUAUUAGAAACACCAAAGUUAUCUUUUUCUUUUUUUAUAUAUCUUAUUAUAUGGUUACAUAAUAUAGAGGUUCAUGUAGACUUUAAAGGAUAUAUUAACAAUACAAAUAGUGAUAAACAAAUCAAUAUAAAAAUAAAAGAGACUAUAAUACAAAGUGAUACAAAUCUAGAUAUAAAUAAAGAAGAUCAAGAAGAUGUAUAUGCUAAUUUAAAAAUGAACCAUAAUAAAAAUAAAGAAAAUAUCAACAUUAAUAUAUCAGAUGAUCAUAUGAUACAAAAUAUUAAUGAUUAUACAAAUAAUUAUGAAACAGAUUCAUAUUUUAAUGUUGAUUUUUCAGAUCAUGCAUAUUCAGAGAGUGAACAUAGUAAUGACACUUCAACAAGUAAUAAUAUAAAUAAUGAUGAAUUAAAAAAUGAAGCAUGUAAUUAUUAUGAUAAUAACAAUGGUAAGAAUAAUGAUUUGAACCAACCUAUUUCUAUGAAUAAUAAUAAUUCGAACCAAUCUAUUUCUAUGAAUAAUGAUUUGAAACAACCUAUUUCUAUGAAUAAUAAUAUUUCAUAUAAUAAUUAUUACAAUGAAGAAAAGAAAAAUUAUAAAGAUGAACUAUUUAAUAUUAAUUAUUAUAUUAAAUAUAAUAUAAGCAAAUCAACAAACAUGUCAAAUAAUAUUUUAUGCUUUUCUUUAAUAUCUAAUUUAUUAAAAAAGAAUCAAAAUAUUAAAUGUAAAAAAACCAUAUUGUGUAUUUAUAUGAAUACAUUAUUUAAUUGUAGAAAUGAUAUAAGAACAUUAUUAAAAAAAUUAAUAACAGCUACAAAAGGUAUAUAUAAUAAUUCAUUAAAUUAUUUUGUAUAUACUAAGAAAAUAUUUAGAUAUUAUCAUAAAAUUUUUAUAUUAUUCUUAUUAUAUAUUUGUAAUAUGUAUUUCCAAAAUUUGAAAGAUGAUAUAUUAUUUUUUUCUUACUAUCCAUUUUAUUUAUGGCCAGUAGAACUACUAAAUUUUAUUCAUAACUUUUUAUUAUCAAAUUUUAGUUUUUUUUAUAACGAUAUUAUAUCACUUUUUAGAAAUAAUAAACAACUUGGAUCUUAUGAAAAAAAAAUAUUCUCAUCUAAAGAUUAUAAUAAUAUAAAUAAACAAGUCGACCUUUUUUUGAAUAACUUUUAUAGCUCAACGGUUGAAGAUGGGUCCCUUGAAUCUUUUAUGAAAGACACGGAUUUUUUUAAUAAUAAGAAUGAAAUAGGAGAACAUGAAAAUUGUAGUAGUAAUAUAAAUAAUCAUAAUAACAUAAAAAAUAUAUCGCUUAAUAUUUAUGGACAAAAUUUCAUAGAACAAGAAGAAAAAGAAUGUUUACAUAAAAAUGAAAUAUCACAAAGAAUAUUAUUAGAAGAAAUUUUCAUCUUCUUAUUUAUAAAAACUAUAGAUUUAUUAGAAGAUAAUAACCUGUGGUUGAAAUUAAAAGAAACCAAUAUUUUUUUAAAUUUCUUAACUAUUAAUUAUGUAAAAGAAUUAAUUAAAUUUAUUUUUUCUAAUAUCCAAAAUACUUAUGAAAAAAAUAAAGAAAAUUUCUGGUUACAAUUUAAUAUAUUAAUUAAUGAACAAAUAGAAGAUGAUAAAACAAAGAAUAAUGAGAAUAAAAUAUAUUUAAAAUUAAAAGAAAUAUCAAAUUUUGUAUUAAAUUCUAUUGAUAAUUAUUUAAGUAUAUGUGUGAGAUCAACUAUAUUUUUUCAUUUAUAUAUAUUUAUUUUUAAUAAUUGUAAAAAAAAGGAAAUAAAAAAAUUAUUACUCAACAAAUUUAUUAUAACCUUGCCUUUAUUAAAAUCUUUGUUUCAUGAAGAAUUUUUUAGAAUAUUGAAAUAUAACAAUAAAAUAUUAAGUCAAGGCAAAGAACAAGAUGAUAAUAUAAUGGAAAAGAGCCAUACACAAAACCAUAAUGAGGAGCAUAAUAAUGAUCAUAAUAAUGAUCAUAAUAAUGAUCAUAAGGAUGAUCAUAAUGAUGAUAAUAAUGAUGAUCAUAAUAAUAAUAAUAUUGAUAAUGAACAAAAUAAAAAUCUUAUUAACAAAAAUGAAGAUAAAAAUAAUAAUAAUAUUGUUCUAGAAGAAUCCAAUGAUAUAAAUAAUAAUGAUAUAAAAAAUACAGAAGAAAAUAAUCCAUUUCAAAUUAAUAUCGAAAUAAUAAAAUAUAUAUAUAAAUCUCUACCCUCUUCUGAUGAGAAUUAUAUGAACUUUUUAAAUUUCUGUUUUAAUUUGUAUUUGGAAAAUAAUAAUUUCGAAUUCAUUAUAGAAAUGAUUGCAUUCUUAAAAAAAGAACAAACGUUACAAAUAUUUAAUGAUAUUAUAAAAAAUGAAAAUAUAGAUGAAAAUAAAAAAAUCGAAUUCAUGAAAUGUUGUAUCAAUAAUAUAGUAAAAUUACCAUAUGCUUAUAUUCUAGAGAAAAAAAAAUAUAACGAUAAUGAUAAUGAAACAUAUUAUGUAACAAAUGCUGAUAUUUUUUAUCUAUAUUAUAAUUUAAAUAAAUAUAAAAAUAUACAAAGAGUUAUGUUAGAUUAUUUUGUAACCAAAGUCAAUUUAAACACAAUAGAUAAUGAUGAUAAUACUAAAAUGUUUAAUGAUAUAACAAUUAAAGAUUUAGCUAGUAUAAUACAACAAAUAGCAGAAAAUAAUAAUACAAUCUUUCCUAUUUAUGGAAGAUUCUUAUGUCAAAUUACAAAAAAUAUUAAUAUAUUAAGAGAAUUUGUAAGUAGUAUUAUUAUACCUUUAUUAAUACAAAAAAAAAUUUGGACAAAUAAAUUUAUAUGGAAAGGAUGUCUCAUGUGUAUAUCGAUGUUAUGGCCAGACUUUAAGCACUCCCUUUUUUAUAUUUUUUUUAUGUUACCAUCGGAUGAAUGCUCUACCUUAUUUCAUGCCUUAGAACAGAAACAUUCUAUUUCUAGCGAUUUAAUUGAAUUAAUAUCCACAAAUGAACAGGCCAAAAGAAUGUGUCCUGAUUAUUUGAAGAAUUUACUGAAUACAUGA